AUGUCCUCAUCACCACGAACUGUGCACACAUACGCAUCUUUUGGCAAAGGCGAAGAAAUGAAACCAUGGAAAUAUACAUCUCGUCCGCUUGGCGUCGAGGAUGUGGAAAUUAAAAUUUCGCAUUGCGGGAUUUGUGGUUCCGAUCUCCACACGAUUGACAGUGGUUGGGGGCCUUCUACGUACCCAUGUGUAGUAGGUCACGAAAUUGUUGGUGAAGUGACGCUAGCCGGUUCAAAUGUCAAAACUCUUAAGGUUGGUGACCGUGUCGGUGUUGGCGCUCAAGUCUGGGCGUGUUUAAACAAAGAUCCAGCUGCGCCGUGCAAAGAGUGUGCUAGUGGUGACGAUGCAUAUUGUACGCACAAAGUAUGGACGUACAACGAUACGUACAAGAAUGAUGGUGCGAGUUCAUACGGUGGGUAUGCUGACUAUGUGCGUGUCGCACAAGAAUAUGCAUUUCAGAUUCCAGACAAUAUUCCGUCAGAUGUUGCGGCUCCGUUACUUUGUGCUGGUGUCACUGUGUUUACACCAUUGAAAGAAGCGAAUGUAGAACCUGGUAAACGUGUAGGUGUUGUCGGCAUUGGUGGACUAGGUCAUCUUGCCAUUCAAUUUGCAAAAGCUAUGGGGGCUGAGGUCGUGGCUUUUUCGACUUCAGCUACAAAAGAAGCUGAAGUGCGUGCUCUUGGUGCUACAGAGUUUGUCGUAUUUACGGACAAUGAACAAGCUACCGCUGCUGCAGGAUCGGUAGAUGUGCUGCUCAUUUGUGCUAGUGCCGACAAUAUGCCAUAUAUGCUCUUCUUAAGUUUCCUCAAGGUCCGUGGUACAUGCAUUAUGGUUGGUCUUCCAAACACAGAUGUCCAAUUUCACGCAUUUGGAGUUGUUGGAAAAGGUGCCAAAUUUGUCGGCAGUAAUAUAGGUAGCAUUCAAAAUAUUAAGGAGAUGCUUCAAGUAGCGGCUGAAAAGAACGUGCGUGCUGUGAUUCAGAAAUUGCCUAUGUCUAAGGUUAAUGAAGGUAUUAAGAUGGUGCGGGAUGGCACUGUACGCUAUCGUGUUGUACUCGAGAAUUAA